AUUACCAAUAAUUCAAAUGUGGUCAUUUUACUGCAUUGCAGGAAUGAAUUGUUGUUUUAUGGUGAAAAUUCGACUUGCAGCCUAGCAACAUGGCUUCGGAUGGUCUAUAUAUAUACUAAUAAAACUCCGUGUGUGACCAGAACAAACACCUCUGCAGUCAUGUCUUACAAUGAAUUCAAGCUGCUGAUACUAGUCUUGAUGGUAUGUCGGACUACAUCAUGCGAUGAAAAUAAUGCAGUUUCAGAAGAUUCACAGAAUGUGACAAAAGUCAUUCAAAGACUACUGCAGAAAACAACAAAUAAAUUAUUCAGACCGUAYGCUUCAGGGAAAGCACCUGUUAUUGUCAAGACUGACAUCAAACUCAUGUCUAUUGGGACCUUUAGAGAAGCUGACAUGCAAUAUACAGUUGAAAUGUAUUUCCGUCAAUCAUGGAAAGAUCCAAGACUGCGUUAUGAUGACUCCGAUGUCCCAAGUAUAACACUGAACGGCGAUUUAAGCGACAGUUUUUGGCAGCCUGACACAAUUUUUGAAAACGAAGUAGAAGGCAAAGUACAUACUUUAUUAGCAAAGAACAAAUUUUAUAGAAUUCAUCGAGAUGGUCUUAUUCUAACCAGCACAAGACUUACACUGACMUGUUCGUGCUCAAUGGACUUUAGGAAGUUUCCAAUGGAUGAGCAGGAAUGUGGAAUUUAUCUCGUGAGCUAUGGUUACACUACACAAGAUAUUGUAUACGAAUGGCAGACCAAACACGAAACCUGGUCGAAUGAACAAGAUAUACCGCAGUUCUUGUUAAAGAAUAUUAGUAGGAUAAACAUUACUCGGCGAUAUUCGACCGGUGAUUACUCGGCUCUUGGUAUCAAGAUGCGUUUUACACGUCGACUUGGACAUUAUUUUACAAAGGUUUACAUCCCUGCAAUUCUGAUCGUAAUGCUAUCGUGGCUAUCCUUUUAUGUCGACAGACGCUCGGCACCCGCUCGUGUGUCUCUCGGAAUAACAACAGUCUUAACGAUGACAACUCUUUUGAUUGGUAUCGGCCAGGGUUCGUUGCCGGUAGUAGCUUAUGUCAAAGCUCUUGAUUGGUAUUUAUUUGUAUCUUAUUUUAUGGUUUUUGCGGCCUUUGCGGAAUACGCCGUGAUUAACUACAGGGAUGGCAUUUAUCGACGCUCAAAGACAGAGAAACGUCUAGAGGAGAAUGGAUCAACGGUAUCACAUAAGGACACUGAAAGCAUMGACAAUUCAACGGGAUAUUCUAAUGGUGCUCCCAAAGACGCUUUUGACUUCAUCCAAGAAUCCACUCCUAAAAAAUAUGAAGUAACAUCUAAAAAGAAGUUUGACAUUGUGAAUUGGUUUACMCAGAAAUUUCUGACACCCCCCGAAGUAAUCGACGCCUGGGCAAAAAUACUGUUUCCUUUGACAUAUGUCAUAUUCAACUUCUUGUACUGGAUGUAUUAUCUUGUCAUUAUCGAAUAGGAUAGAUACCGUGUAUCUAGACCAAUUUAUACAAAGUUGUCCGGCAGAACUGGACUUGGACGUUGUAACCGAAGAGGCAGUAUUGUCCCACUUCCAGUGAGAUUUCCUGGAUCAUCAGUGAUGAUCGCAUUUAUGAURCAAAUGCAGGAGAUGCGGGGUCUUCUUCAUGCUGCGAAAGAAAGGAAAACAAAAUAUAGUGAAGAAGCAAAUGAAACGACAAAACUGAAACAAAGAAGACAUCAACAGACGUCGCAAGAGGAAAGUUUACUCAAUAAAGUAMCUUGUUUACCCAGCAGAAUUAAGGACAUUAAAAGUGUUGAAAACAAGCUGUGAAAUUGUAUAAUCUCCAAAAAGAUCGAUUGCAUUUCAUUUCGAUCAGUUGUCCUACGAUGAAAUUGUAAUAAAAAUGAUCAAGUGCGUUUAAUAUUUAUCAGUUGUUUCACAAUGAAAUUGUAUAAUCUC